UUCAUUUACAUGUUUUUGUUCUAUGUGUUAAAGUAAUGUGCGAAUAUUUAAAGAAUUCACAUAUACAAGAUAAGAUAAGACUAAUAAUAAAAAAGUAAAUAGAAAGGAGCCGUAACUAUGGAUUCCUUUAGGGGAAAAUCUAAAGGAAGAGGUAGCGAGGUUGGAAAUAAACCUUACAAAGAAACUUAUGGUUCCGUGUCGAGUUCGAAUCUACCGGGGCUGCCAUAUAGCAAGUGCGUGGAACAUGAUAGCCUGCCGCAGGAGCUGUUCUGUACCGGACAUGAAAACAUGAUCUGUGUGAUGUGCAGAAGACUGUAUCACGGCAAGUGCAAGAAAGUGGUACCUAUAACAGAUGUAUGUGUUGAUUUCUCAAAAUCAAAUGCCAUAGGAUCAUGUGAGAAGCAAAUACGAAAGCUGAUCAGACAGUGCUAUGCUGUUGCCAAGGAACGGGAUUGGGAUAUGAACGACCUUGGUCACAAAAGAAGUGAUAUUCUUAGCACAGUAAUGCACAUGAAAAAGAGGAUUUUUGAAAGAGUUGAAAAACUAAUUUCAGCGGUCACGAAAGACUUGGACAGACUUUAUGAAAUAGAAAUAAAGGAAAUGAACAAACACUCACUGUCGUUACGAGAAAUGGCAUCAGCGCUUGAGGAGAAAAUAGCCCGGAUUGAGGCUUCAAAGAAGGACCAAUCAGAGCUCAGCUUAUUUAUAGCUGUACAGACUGCCAUCGAGAAACAUAAGAAAAUGUCUUCUGCACUUGGUCAUAUUCACGACGAAGCUCAUAAGGUCGUCCUAAAAUUCGAAACAAGUGACGCCGUAGAAAAUGCCAUGAAAUCUCUUAAUAGUAUAGGUGGCAUAGUUCUGAACACAAUGGAAUACAAAGUAAUACCAAGACCACAGCAAAUGUCAAAGCCAACAUUAACGAUUGAAGCCAAGGAACCCGAAGAAUACAAAAUCCGGAAGCACGUGGCCGAUAGAAAAGCUUUUGAAGUUGGAGAAAUGAAUAUUCGCGACAGAGAAGACUUAGAAACGUGUUGGAUUACGGGAAUGGCAGUUCUAAAGGACAGCACGCUUAUAAUUGCAGAUAAUAACAACAACCGAAUAAAAUUACUUCGUCCCAACCAUGAAAUACUGAAUUCUUUCAAGCUUUCAACCCCGCCUUUUGACGUUGCUCUUUUGAACCAAAGGGAAGCGGUGUAUACAUUACCGGACAUGAAGCAGAUCCAAGUUAUCAACAUUGUUGGUAAAUCUGAUGUAAAGCAUGGUUCUGUGUUGACUCUCGAUUUUGAUUGUAAUGGCAUAUGUGUGUUACACGAGAAUAUAGUUGUGACAAGUAUCGCCGAGAAGUGUGUGAGACUAAUAGAUCUACGAGGUGACGUCAUAUGGACGGCAGCUACGGACGAUCGUGGAGAUAUGCUAUUCGAAUGGCCGUGGUAUGUCGAAACGAACACAGAGGGAAAUAAAAUAUAUGUGUCAGACCGGAGAAAAAAUACUAUCACCACGUUGGAUAGCAACGGGGGAGUCUUAAACGUUCGAGAUAUCCAGGGAAAGGGACCAAGAGGUAUUGCGCUUGAUGAUACGGGAAAUAUGUACAUGUGUCAUUACAUGACAGACGAGAUAGAAAUCGUCAGUACGGAUAACCCCCGGGACAGACGGGUGUUUCUCACCAAAUCUGAUGGGGUCAAGCAUCCUCAGAGUCUAUGUUAUGACGAAGAGAAGGGACAACUUUUUCUGUCUGCCAACAACUGUGAUUAUGUAUCAAUAUUUCAAAUAAAGUAACAUUGUAAUAAACAUAACACAGAACCAAAGUUUCACUAUCUUAGAAUUUGAGUCUAGCGACCCGACUCAGAAUACAGUAUUUUCAUGGGACAUUUUCGAGACAAGCAUACAUGUAUACGCUAUAUAUUUGAGUCUGGGUUUAAAACUUUGAAUAUGUAGAGGAGAAAAAUACGAUAAGUAGUUUGUAAAGUUUAAAGUUAUGUUAAACAAAAAUAUAUAUGAAACUUUCAUAUGUUUUUCAGUGAUCAUAUAGGCGUCUACAGAAGCAGAAUUGAGUUAACAGCUACAGUUACAGUAACAUACCUACUGAGUCAAAUACUCAGAAAUACUAUGACCUUGUAAUCAGGUCUAUUAUCAGAAUAUAAUUUCGUGGCUCCUCAGUCGCUGACUUUGAAUCACUUGCCCCUUGACAUGACCGGUGGUUUAGAGUCUCGUCUCUUUGUGUGUUGGAUUCUUUCCCGAGACGACGCCAUCUAGCCUGCCUAAGAUCGACAGU